AUUUCAUGCAGGACAUAUCCCAACUUGAAAAAUUCAACCGAGAAAAAAACAAAAAAAUUCAUCGAAUGAAAAAUUAUUGAAUCCAAUAACCAAAAGCUUUUGAGUUAACAAGGAAGAUGUCUAGAUUCUUACGUGGUAUUACCCAAGGGGUUGCCACUGUUAAACAGGGUGUCUCACCGUUGGGGUUUUCCAUUCGUAGUAGCUCAUUCGGUGCAAGAUCAUUUCAUCAAGCUAGAAUUAACAGAGAAGAUGCUGAUCUGAUUAAUGAACUUACCAAAAUUCCAGAAACUUAUGAAGAAGAAAAAGUUGUCAUUGAUAAGAUCAAUAACUACAUCAGUGAAACUGAUAAAUCAAAUGCCACUAGAUUAAGAAAUAUUGGUAUUUCUGCUCAUAUUGAUUCUGGUAAAACUACUUUCACUGAACGUGUUUUAUAUUAUACUGGUAGAAUUAAAGCUAUUCAUGAUGUUAGAGGUCGUGAUGGUGUUGGUGCUAAGAUGGAUCAUAUGGAUUUAGAAAGAGAAAAAGGUAUUACUAUUCAAUCUGCUGCAACUUAUUGUUCUUGGGAAAAAGAUGAUAAAGAUUAUCAUUUUAAUUUAAUUGAUACUCCAGGUCAUAUUGAUUUUACUAUUGAAGUCGAAAGAGCAUUAAGAGUUUUAGAUGGGGCUGUUUUAGUUGUUUGUGCAGUUUCCGGUGUGCAAUCCCAAACUGUUACUGUUGAUCGUCAAAUGCGUCGUUAUAAUGUUCCAAGAAUUACUUUUGUUAAUAAAAUGGAUAGAAUGGGUGCUAAUCCAUUUAGAGCUAUCGAACAAAUUAAUCAAAAAUUGAAGACUCCUGCAGCUGCCAUUCAAGUUCCAAUUGGAUCCGAAUCAGAAUUGAAAGGGGUUGUUAAUAUCAUUGAUCGUGUUGCUUUAUAUAAUGAAGGUUCUCAAGGUGAAAUAUUAAGAGCUGAUACUAAUAUUCCAGCUGAUUUAGUUGAUCUUGUUGAAGAAAAAAGAGCUCUAUUAAUUGAAACUUUAGCUGAUGUUGAUGAAGAAAUUGCUGAUAUAUAUUUGGAAGGUGAAGAACCAAAUGUUGAACAAAUUAAAGGUGCAAUUAGAAGAGCCACUAUUGCUAGAAAAUUCACUCCAGUUUUAAUGGGAUCUGCCUUAGCUAACACUGGUAUUCAACCAGUUUUAGAUGCAGUUGUUGAUUAUUUACCUCAACCAAAUGAAAUUUUAAAUACUGGGUUAGAACUUAUUAAAGGAGAAGAAAAACAUAUUAACUUAAUUCCAUCAAGUACUGAAGAUUUUGUUGGUUUAGCAUUUAAAUUAGAAGAAGGUAAAUUUGGACAAUUAACUUAUAUUAGGGUUUAUCAAGGUAAAUUGAAGAAGGGUAAUUAUAUUAAUCAUCUUAAAUCUGGUAAAAAAGUUAAAGUUGCAAGAUUAGUUAGAAUGCAUUCAAAUGAUAUGGAAGAUGUUGAGGAAGUUGGAGCUGGUGAAAUUUGCGCAACUUUUGGUAUUGAUUGUGCUUCAGGAGAUACAUUUAUUGGGCAAAAUUCUAAUCGUGCAAUUACAAUGAGUUCGAUGUUUGUUCCGGAUGCAGUUAUAUCAUUAUCAAUUCAUCCAAAAUCAAAAGAUAAUGGAUCAUUAUCAAAGGCCAUGAAUAGAUUUCAAAAAGAAGAUCCAACUUUUAGAGUUACAUUUGAUAAAGAAUCAAAAGAAACUGUUAUUUCAGGUAUGGGUGAAUUACAUUUAGAAAUUUAUAUUGAAAGAAUGAGACGUGAAUAUAAUAUUGAUUGUGUUACUGGUAAGCCACAAGUUGCAUAUCGUGAAACCAUUACUGCUCCAACCACAUUUGAUUAUACUCAUAAAAAACAAAGUGGUGGUGCUGGUCAAUAUGGUAGAGUAAUUGGUGAUUUUACUCCAAUUGAAAAUGAAAAUAAAUUUAGUCAAAGUAUUGUUGGAGGUAAAAUUCCAGAAAAAUUUUUACUUGCUUGUUCAAAAGGUUUUGAAGAUUCUUUAGAGAAAGGGCCAUUAAUUGGACAUAGAGUUUUAGGGGUUCAUAUGCAUGUUAACGAUGGUCAAACCCAUAUGGUUGAUUCAUCCGAAUUAUCAUUUAGAACCGCAUCCAAAGGAGCUUUUAGACAAGGGUUCUUAAAUGCCAAACCAGUUAUUUUAGAACCGAUUAUGAAUGUUGAUAUAACUGCACCAAAUGAAUUUCAAGGACAAGUUGUUGGAUUAGUUACUAAAUUAGGAGGGAUGAUUAAUGAAACCGUUAAUAAUCAAGAUGAAUUUAGUAUUAAUGCCGAAUGUUCUUUGAAUUCAAUGUUUGGAUUUUCAACUUCCUUAAGAGCAUGUACUCAAGGUAAAGGUGAAUUUACCUUAGAAUUUCUAAAAUAUGCCCAAUGUUCACCACAAUUACAGAAACAGUUAAUUGCCGAUUAUGAAAAGGCGGAAGCUGAAAAGAGAAAGUAAAUAGAUGAUUAGAAACUUGUAUAUAGAAAAAAAAAAAAAUA